GCCUGGUGAACGACCCAGUAUAUGGUUAACUCCGAGAUAUAUGAUAUAUAAUCAUAAGAGUAUAUUACAAAUAAUAUGUUCCUCCUGUUGGUGGCAUCUUCCGAAUAUGCUGCGGAAUAGGGUUAAUUGGCCUCCGCGGACCCUCGAUCUAAUGAUGGGGAGAAGAUGGUAAGUGUAACAAGGUCUCAAGGUACCUUGCAUUGCCUCGCAUCGUCUCGUGAUGCAUGUCAUCCAAUGAUUCUGAAAAUAACUAUCCUAACCGCCUUACUGGCUCUUGGCUGUAUUCGUAUUCUAACUAACAGGUCUCAGCCAUGUUGUCCGUGUGACAGUAAGAGAAAGGGGUAUAAAUAUGUUGUUCAUGAACGACUUACCACCAACUCUACCAGCAACAUCUCACAGCAGCCAGAUUACAACCAUUCAGAAAUUCCACCAAUCCUAAGUUCAUUAAUAUAUCACCAUGAAAGAAGUAGUUAUCCAAAGCUCUCUCGAUACAUUCGAGGUAAUUGAAUCUCCUAUUCCCACCCCGAGAGACAAAUACGUCGUCAUUAAAGUCAUUGUCUCCGGAACAAACCCAAAGGACUGGAAAUAUCCUUACUGGAGCGGGAAGCCUCUGAACAGCGGUGAUGACAUUGCUGGAAUCGUUCACUCCGUCGGCAAAGACGUCUAUGAGUUCAAGCCAGGUGACCGUGUGGCAGCGUUCCAUGAAGCCAUGACAGCAAAUGGAAGCUUUGCGGAAUACGCCGUAGCCCCGGACUGGACAACUUUUCAUCUUCCGCACAAUGUGUCAUUCGAAGAAGCUGCAACUAUUCCCACCGCCGCGCACACUGCUAUGUUGGCUUUAUACGUUAACUUAAAACUUCCUUCUCCUUUUGACGAGAGGGGGUUUCCAGAAGGAAAGAAAGUGCCUUUCCUCAUAUACGGCGUCACGUCGGCCUGCGGCGCAUUCGCUGCUCAACUUGCUCGACUCUCGGGUCUUGGUCCUAUCAUAGGAGUUGCUGGUCGAUCCGGCGACUUCGCAAAGACCUUGGUUGAUCACGUCCUUGAUUACCGGAAGGGAGAGGAUGCACUAGUCGCAGGCGUUGAAGAAAUCCUCGCGAAGGAAGGUCUGGGCAACAAAGUCCCUUUCAUUUUCGAUGCGAUUAGCGAGGGCGAGUCGUUCGAAGUAACGACUCGGGUUGUUGACCCUAAUGGCGGCAGCAUUGCCACCGUACUACCUUUCCAGUAUUUCGCGAACACUCGGGAAGAUUUCAAGUUCCCGGACGGCGUAGAGGUUUAUAAUACCGUUGCUCUUAAAGUUUUCACGACGCAUAAGGAUCUCGGGUUCAUCUGGUCCAGAUAUUUCGGGCGUCUAUUGGAAGCUGGAAAAUUGAAGGGACACCCGUACGAAGUUAUUCCAGGCGGAUUAAAUGGUAUUCUGGUAGGCCUGAACAAGCUAAAAGAUGGGCAGGCUAGUGGAUUAAAAUAUGUCUAUAGGAUUGAGGAAUCUGGAGAUGUCACUACCGGGUUGCAUAAGCUGGAUCCUGCUCUGGUUUCCCACAAGAAUGCUCGGAAGGUUGAAGAGUUCUUCAACUUCAAGCUUCCUUAUUAAACUUUUGAUGGUACUACGCAAAGGACACGAAAGUUUCUAGUCGCACUGGCACCUUAGUUAGAUCACAAUGACAAUCUAUUGCAGCUGGGGACUGAAAUCAAUUUUGCAUUUUGCUAGUCCACGUAAGAAUGUGGUAUUGCUACCUCACACCAAUGACCUAAAGGUUAUGCCUAUUUCCUCCGCCUCUUUCAUCCUAUCUUAGGCUCUCAAAUAUGACGGCAGAAGUAUACAGC